AUGGAAAUAUCGAUACCACUCGGAAGCUAUGCCGAUAUAUUUCUCGCUGAAUUACGGGCAAUUAUUGCUGCUUGUCAUACGCUGUUGGAUAAGGAUUGCAAGGACGAGAUGGUCUAUAUAUGUGUUGACAGCCAGGCCGCCCUAAAGGCCUUAAGAGCAUAUGUACAAACAUCAGCUUUAUCACUAGAAUGUUGGAAAAUAGUAAAUCAGGUGGCUAAAAACAACAACGUGAAGCUGGUAUGGGUUCCAGCCCAUUCCGGCAUCGAGGGCAACGAAUCGGCAGACACAUUAGCUAAAGCUGCAGCUUUGAGCAACAUUUCCGGACCCGAACCUAUAAUUAAGGUUCCUCAUUCUUCGAAAAGACGAAAGUUGCUAUCGUUACAAAAACUAAAGUUUCAAGAACACUGGAAUAACGUGCAGUCAUGCCGACAGGCUAAAGAAUGCAUUCGCAUCAACAAUAAUAAUACCAAGUACCUAGUAAAUGUAAGCCGUACAAGACUGAAACUAUAUACAGGAGUUGUAACAGGACAUUACGGCUUCAAUACUCAUCUCACUAAUAUCGGACUACGAACAGAUCCAAGCUGUGAUCAGUGUGGACACCACUCGGACACAGCCGAGCAUUUUCUGUGUGACUGCCCAGCUUACAUUAUGAACAGGUGUAAGCAUUUUGGCGGUUAUAUCAUAAAAUACCAGGCGAUCAAACAUAUGCAACCCAAGGACAUUCUGAACUACAUAGUGAGUACAGAAAGGUUCCAAGACGUAGCGUAUGCCUAA